UGGCUGAAUCCAAAACAGCUUCCGCGCAGCAGAAUGGACAUUGCUCUUUUUUCCCCUUCUUCGCUUUUCGCCGACCCCGAUGGUAGCUCCUCCGAAGAGGAAACGAUUGAAACCCAUGACAACUUCGUCGAGAGAAAGCACCAAUUUCCUGGAACGGAAUUGCUCAUUAGAGAAUUUUCUUUUCACCAAUUAAACGCUAAUCUACUGUGGCCCGGUACAUUUGCAUUUGCAGAAUGGUUGGUUCAGCAUAGAUCACAGAUAGAGGGAAGGAGAGUAUUAGAAUUGGGCAGUGGAACUGGAGCUUUGGCCAUCUUUUUGGCAAAAUCUUUUCAACUUGACAUCACUACAUCUGAUUAUGAUGAUGUUGAAAUCGAAGAGAAUAUAGCUCAUAAUUGCCGGAUAAAUGGAGUUACUUCCUUGCUUCCUCACAUAAGACAUUCAUGGGGAGAUGUCUUUCCUAUUUCUGAUCCAGAUUGGGACCUUAUUAUUGCAAGUGAUAUUUUACUUUAUGUUAAGCAGUAUGGCAACCUUAUAAAGUCCUUAUCAUUUCUCCUCAAAUCUUACAAACCAAAAGCUAGCAAGGAGGUUGCUUGUACGACUGGGCACCACGAUCAAUUUCCGUUGAUUCGACCAACAUUCUUGAUGAGUUGGAGGCGAAGGAUAGGGAAAGAGGAUGAAUCGAUAUUCUUUAGUGGAUGCAAAGAAGCUGGUCUUGAAGUCGUUCAUAUUGGUUCUCGUGUCUACUCUAUCAGCUUAAGAGGGGACACAUGUGAAUUUAGCUAAAAUAACAUUUGGUGAAGUCAAUUGAAAAUUUUGCUCCGGAAAAUAUCUUCAAGAAUGUAUGUUUGUUAUGGACUUAUGACCACAAGAACAUUUGACAAGCUGCCCGUUUUUGGCCUAUCUCCUUUCCGAUUUUUGUAGUUAAAGCCAUAUUAUGAAGUGUAUGUUACUGAAUGAUUUAGAUAUUGGAAAAUUAACUGAGUGAUAUUUUAGUUGAUAUUAGAAUGCUGAUUGUUGA